AUGAAGUUCUCCAUCGUCGCCGUUCUCUCCGCCGCCGCCGCCGUCUCGGCCCUGCCCGUCUUCGAGGUCUCCGACUUCUCGGCCAGCUGCAUCCCCCACAGCUCCCAGUGCAGCUACGCCUUCAACGUCAUCCGCCCCGGCAACGGAGAGGUCACCCCCAUCAAGUGCAGCUCCCUCACCACCAGUGACGGCACCCUCCCUGCCGUCAAGGAGGGAACCUGCAAGGACUCGUCGCGCACCUUCAGCGUCACCCGCAUCCUCGCCGGCCUGCACCUCACCGUCAGCCAGCCCGUGACCCCCUCCAGCAACCUGACCGGCUCCUACACCAUCCCCCAGAGCCAGCUCGUCACCUCCACCGAGCCCAACGCCGAGGUCCAGAGCUACAACGGCCCCACCAGCUUCCGCCUGGACUAA